AAUUGUUUGCACGAUCCCAGCCAGGGCUCGGUAACGGGGAAAAUAGUGCUGGAGAAGCGGCGAUAUCCGAUCAUGACGGCAGGUUUCCCCGGCGGCGGGCAGUUCCUGUCUGAUCUCCCCCUGCCCGACGAUUCGAGAGAACACACAGAGAAAGUUUGGGCUGCUUGAAGUGAUACUAAGUAGUCGUCGUCGUACUAAGACUAGAUUUGAAUUAACUUGAAGACAAAGGUAAUGGAUAUCCGACCUAAUCAAACAAUUUAUAUUAACAAUAUCAACGAUAAAGUCAAAAAAGAAGAGUUGAAAAGAGCAUUAUACGCCUUGUUUUCUCAGUUUGGUCAAAUUAUUGAUAUUGUAGCGUUAAAGACUAUGAAAAUGAGAGGACAAGCUUUUGUGAUAUUCAAAGAGAUAACUUGUGCAACAAGUGCUUUACGACAAUUACAAGGAUUUCCAUUUUAUGGUAAACCUAUGCGUAUUCAGUAUGCAAAAACUGACUCGGACCUUGUAUCAAAAAUGAGAGGCACUUUUGCAGAUAAAGAAAAGAAAAAAGAAAAGAAAAAGGCCAAAACACAAGAGCAAGUAGCUGCAAACAAAAAGGCUAAUCAGGCAACAACACAGACAACAACUGCAAACUCUAACCAAACAACCUCUUCUACAGCUCAGCAGGUACCAGACAAUCCACCCAACUAUAUUCUGUUUCUCACUAAUUUGCCUGAAGAGACUAAUGAGAUGAUGUUAUCUAUGCUGUUCAAUCAAUUUCCAGGCUUCAAAGAAGUGCGUUUGGUGCCAGGCCGCCAUGACAUAGCAUUUGUGGAAUUUGAAAAUGAAGGACAAGCUGGGGCUGCUCGUGAUGCAUUGCAGGGGUUCAGAAUUACACCAUCACAUGCAAUGAAGAUCACUUAUGCCAAGAAAUAAUCCUGAGGUCACAGGGAGUAAACCUGUUGUACAAUAUGUCGGCCCCCUUACUCAAAAAGGCCCACACAACUUCUUGGAUAAUUGUGGACUUGUCACAAUGAUUGCAUUCUUCAAUAAUUGCAAUGUGCCUUCUAUAUGGUUAAGUUUCCUGCAGAUUUGAUGGUGGCUGCAGACAUCGGAGAAUGCCAAGAGACUGGUUGUUUUUAUAUAAUAAAUGGUGUUUUCCAAUAACUUUUUUCAGAAUAAAAGUUAAUUCCUAGGAAAAUUAAAACUCUGAGCUCUGAUUAAUUAAAAUUGUAGAUUUAAAAAAAAAGCAAUUUGCACGUGAAAGAUGAAUUGUCACUAACCUGCCUACAGUAUACAGAUGAGCAGUAGAAUCGGUGAGAGGUGGAAGAAGAGUUGAUGGGCAUAUGGGGAGAAUUAAAUGGGAAUACUGUAGUUGGGUCCUUGAUGGUUAUCAUGGAAUCGUCAGGCUGAAGGGCCUAUUUCUGUGCCCUGUGAUUGACUCCAAAAAUAGUUUGUUACUGUCAAUAUACAAUGGAGGGGGUCUGCUACAUAAAUUCAAUAGCGGGGUUAUUUUGACAAAACAGAAUUUAAUUCCCAUAUUCUUGCUUCAGUAGGGUUUAUAAUGGUUUUUCUGACCAUCUCCAGAGUAACUUAUUAGGAAUCAGUGAGCAGACUACUUAAUGGCAAGAGCAUCAUGGAAGCCUUUUCAGGAUGAAGCAUUUGGACAUGCAGAAGCUAAUUAAUACAUUUUUGAAUGAAGGCAGUUAAAUUAUUUACUGGUUAAAAUUUUGAGCAAAUUUUGGGAACUGAAGAGAUAUAAAAUAGCGAAGUAGAAAGGGAUAAGUCCUAGAGAUUUGUGGAGGAGGGAACAGAAAAGAUGGCUGAUUGGGAUAUUCCAAUGAUUAGUGCUUGGACUUUUAAAUCUAUCUUUAGAAACAAUGUAACUGACAUAGUGGAUUUAAAUCUGUUUGAAGGUAAUUUGUUGGAGAUAGCAGGAAUAAGACACCUGCCACUGAAUUUGCACAAAUCAUCUGAUACCUUGUUCUAAUACUUCACAUAUCCUAUUCACAUAAACUGAAAUCUAUGACCUUGAUUUAACUGAUUUUCAUUCUAAUUUCUAUUUUUGAAACUUCUUGCACAAAACAUCUAAGAUUAGUAGCAGAUGAAACUAACUUAGGUUGAGUUGAAAUAGUUAUAGGUGAAAUAAAUUUCAAUUCUGGUUAAAUGUCUCACCCUUGCAGGUCAGUAUAAAAUGAAUUGUGUAGCUGUCUUUUACAAGUCCUGAAUAAAUCCUGUUUUCAGAAGAUGGGUGUUAGAAAAGUCUUCAGAAAGUUGAGAUUAAGCCCUGUAAAGAAACUUACUGAAGAAUAAGAAACUAAAUUACAUGGAAUAGAAAAAUCCAAAAAUUACUUCAAGUGAAAUCGUGAGUUCUCAACCGGGACCUCUCCCUUGUUCUUUAAGUACGACAGAAGAAGUGAAUAAAAGAGUUGAUGGCAUUUGUGAAAUAAAUGAUUCCUAAGCAAAUAUCAUUAAAGUUUGUUUCGCAAUAGUUAGUCAUCAACUAAAUUGUAAACUUUAGAGCUAAAGUUUUAAAAGUUUUUAAAUGUUUUAAAAGCCUGGAAAGAAGAUAAGGCAGCUUGGGUAGUAUGGAAAACUUCAUCUUGGGUAGUCAUGGAGUUUGGGAGGGCAUCUUUGCCAUUAUAAUUCCUAAUCUGGAAUAAUUGAGAGAACGUUGCUUGGAUCAAUAAUUAAAUUUUGAUAGGUUUGUACUGCACUGAGGUAUAUGUAGAUUAAUUUUGUUAUUCCUUAAAAAUAUUAAUAGUUUUAAUGUUACUGGCUUAAAAUGUAAAUAAUGUUGCAGAUUUAUUUGCAUAUUCUGUUCAAAGCAUGUGUCAGUGAAUCUUAAUUUUUGUUCAAGCUACUGAGUUAGCACAAAGAUCAGUACAGGUUCAGAUUUUGUCUAUAUUUCACACUCGGAUGCCUGUAUUUUCCUGUUGCUAUUCAUACCUGUUAGUCCUUCAGUGCUAUUUUUCUGAUUGUUUUUUUUUGGACAGUCAGUCUGUUUGUCGCUAUCAGCUUUGUCAAUGUGGGGCUAACUGAACUUAAGGAGAUAAAAGAGUUAGGACGGUGCAAACAUACUCUGGAGCCAAACUUAAAAUUCACGUUAAGCUGUGAAAUAUGGUUUAACUAAUGUAUAAAUUCAACCAUAUAUAAUAGUUUAUUGAGUUAGAACAAAAUCUGUAAAAAGUACUUUUCAACUUACAAUUAGUGAUGCUUUUAAAAUGUCUUUAAAUCUUUGUCGAUGAUUUGUGGGGAAUUGCUGUUAGUUUCAUCCAAAACUGUUGGAAGUCAUUCUCUGCAAGCAACAGGAAGAUUGGAACAUUAGAAUGUGUGUUCCAGUACUGACCGAGCAUUAUAGGGAAUUUCUGGCUGAACUCCAGCAUUGAAUUGUUUCUCAUACUGAAUAUUUCCUGAUUAUACUUAUAACAAUGGACUCUUUCACCAGUGAUGCCAGGGAGUCUACCUGUUGAACCUGUGUCAAGUUAGAGCUGGUGCAGGAAUAGCUAAUUUGUUCAUUGAAUGGAGAGGAAUUGCUGUGGUGAAGAAGGGCAAGUACAAGUAAUUUUUAAAAAUGUUUCGAUUAUUUUGCCUUAAUGUGUUUUAUUCUUUCAAUAUCGGGCGUAUACUUUUAAUGUUUUCUUUUUUUAAUCAAUUAAAAUGUUUGAAUGUUAGAGAUAUUUAACACCAUUCAUAAUCUUUGGGAACUGGCUAAGAUUGGAAGAGCAGUGAACAUUUUUUAAGUUGUUUUGCAUUUUUGAUAGUGACCUCAGCAACUUGACAUUGUGGAUCCAGAAAACUUACUUUUUUAAAGACGAGGAAAACUGCCUUGCUAUUGACAGCAAGUUAUGACUUAUUCAACUAUUACUAUCCUUUAUUUUGAUCAUCAACCAUGAUAACUGCUUAUGUCAGUUGUAUGUGAAUUUAAAAAACAAAUUAAGAUCUCCUGUUGGUAAUGUCUGUUUGUUAAAUAGUACUAUUGGAAGAAACUAACUAGC